AACACGGUGUUUGUGCACUCCUGCAAAAGCACCCACCAUACUCCGAAAAUGAAUGCAACCCAAUUCUGAUUUACCAAAAUGUUCUGAUUUACCAGUCGGUUCGCAAUUGCGACUGCAAAACAGCGGGAAAAAAAUGGAAGGCGAGGAGUCGACCACCGCAGCAGUUUCCUCAGUGUCAUCAACAACCACCACAAAAUCCGAAACCCUAGUUUCAGAACCAGGCCUCAAUUCCGUAGAAGCUGCGGAUGACGGAGGAGAGAACCCACUCGCAGGAUCGAAACCGACGUCGCUCGAUCACAAGGACAUCUUCAGAGCCAUCGAGGUGGUGGAGAGGGACUCCGUGGCCAUCGCCGAGAGUUUCACCUCUCUCUUCGAUUCCCUCCGCUUGGCUCUCUCCGAGGCAACAAGUAGUUCGGUUGACCACAUGCAGUGCUUUAGUGAUGCUGCAGGCCAAAUUCAAGAACGUGCACUUGAUGCAGCCUCAAAAGGGAAUCGAUAUAUAAAUUCCUGUCUCAGUUAUUGCUGCAGAUUAAACAAAGAAAUGAAGCAUGUUGAUGGGCUCGCCAAGCAACUGUAUCCUUGGUUUCUUUUGGUGUUUUCAUUGCAUACACACUUAUUUGCUCUUAGUUACACUGGUUUGCUUCCUUAAAUGCUUUUUGAAGAAAAAUCCUGAGGAGGAAUGUAGAUGCUUUGGACUCGGCUGUAAAUCGGCAACUCUAUCUCCCAUGAUUGUAUUCUGCUCGGCAUCUGUCCUGUCGAAUGGAAAUUCCGUUCCAUUAUGUUUCAUUUGCGUAUCAGCAUGUCCUAGUUUUACUUUUGUAGUCUUUUAAAAAUGACAUGGUGCGUAAUGCAGUUGUUUUAUAAGACGCUGAGAUGUUUAACUUUGUUCACCCUCACCUUGAAGAGAUAAUUUCAACAA